UGUAGUGAAGGGGAAAGCAGACACUCUGCUGCUAAGGCUUACGAAUGGCUGUUUAUGCUGUAUUGUUUUCGGCAGUGAUGCUCUUUGCUGUUGUACCAGCCUGGACCGAAAAACACUCCCUCUUCUACAUAUACACAGCUUUAUCCAAACCUGUCGACCUGCCGGGCAUCUAUGAAUUUACUGCAAUGGGUUUGCUUGAUGACAGACAGAUUGACUAUUACAAUAGCCAACAGCAGAUGAAGAUUCCUAAACAGCACUGGAUGAAAGAGAAAAUGCAGGAAGAUUACUGGGAAAAAGGCACCCAGUCCAGAAAGAGCAAAGAACAGUGGUUCAAUGUGAAUGUCAACAUUCUGAUGAACCGUAUGAGAAACAAUAAAUCAGAUAUUCAUGUUCUUCAGUGGAGACAUGGUUGUGAAAUUGAGAGUCAGGGGAAUGAAACCCGCUUUUCUAAAGGCAUUGAUGAGUACAGCUAUGAUGGAGAAAACUUCCUGGCUUUUGAUGAUGCGGAGUCUCAGUGGGUUGCCCCAGUGGAUGCAGCUCUUCCAACCAAGAGGAAAUGGGAUAAUGUGCCCAUCCUAAAUCAGUACACCAAGGGCUACCUGGAAAAAGAGUGUGUGGACUGGCUCAACAAAUUCAGAGAAUAUGGAGAUCAGGAGCUCAGACAAGGCUCUGCCCCAGAUGUUCGUGUGUUUGCGAAGAAGAUAAUCAAUGGCAAAGCCAAGCUAAAACUUACUUGUCUGGCCACUGGAUUCUACCCUAAAGAUGUGAUUUUGACCAUAAGGAAAUACCGCACGGCACUGCCUGAUAAUAAGGUAGAAUCCUCAGGAGUUAGACCAAACCAUGAUGGGACCUUUCAGCUGAGAAAGAGCGUUUACAUCUCCGAAAAAGCAGAAUAUGACUGUUAUGUGUCCCACAGAACCCUUGACAAUGCAAUUAUCAUCAAAUGGGAUGGGGAGUGCCAGGACUGCUCUUCAGAACCUCCCAUAGGUAUGAUUGCUGGAGUAAUAAUCGGAGUUUUGUUUGUGCUGGCAGCCAUUGGUGGAGCAGUUUAUUUUCUAGACCAAACAAAAAUGGAAACGAGCACUCUUUGAUAUCAACUAGCUCUGGAAACAAGGAGGAGAAACACUCUUUGCUACCUGGUUCAGCGGACCAUUCUUUUUUUAUUCAAUUAUAGAUGCUUGCUUAUUUUUGCACUAAAAUCAAAUUGCUUCAUUAAAUGCAUCAUGUCCUGCUGCAAAUUUGUCAGUUUAAAAAUUUUCUUUCUUUUUUUUUGCUGGACAAAGUUUUGGCGAAUUGUUUUAAAAAAUAACAUGCACCGCUCGCUUUGACAUUUCAUUGACUUAUCCAGCAUACAUUUUACGCAGUGAUCACCCUUCCAGCUGCAAUCCAACACCAGGAAACACCCAUACACUUACAUUUACACAGCAUUCCCCUCGGCCAAUUUAGUUUAUUCAAUUCACCUAUAGUUAAUGUCUUUGGAUUGUGAUGGAAACCAGAUCACCCAGAGGAAACCGAUGCCAACACUGGGAGAACAUGCAAACUCCACAUUGAAAUGCCAAAUGACGCAGCUGUGGCUCAAACCAGUGACCUUGCUGUAAGGUGAUCUUGCUACCCACUUCGCCACUAUUUUAUAUAUAUAUAUGUAUAUGUGUAUAUAUAUAUGUAAAUGUCUUUUAUAGCUGCAAAAUUUUUAUGAAGUAAAUGUGUUUUUAUUUAUUUAAUAGAUAAUGUAUUUUCUAUUUAGGCUACUUAAAUUUAUAUUCCGGCUACCAAAAACUGAAGAGUGCCUGCCCGAGGGCUACCAGGAUUUUAGAAAUUUUGCAAGCCCUGUGUGAUCUAAUAUUUCUUCAUAUUAAGAUGCAUCAGUGUUAUAAUUGAUAUUUUGAUGUUAUUUAUUAGUUAUUCACCCUUAAUUAAGUUUUAUCAUAAAUGUGGUUAAUUCUUUAGCUGUCAUUUAUAGCGCUUUUUUACAAAAACUGAUGAAUAUCACGGUUAGGGCUGUCCUCUCAUGUACAUAUUAUUUCUGGUGUUUCUGUUUAAGUCUGUUAAUUUGUAAAUUUGUUUGUCCUAAUGUGGUUUAUUGAGGUAAAGUUGGUUUUAUAUUCGCACAUUCAGACUUUCUCCUUAAGUAUAUAGUUUCAGAAAAGUAUUCUUUGCAAAUUCUGAAUAGUGAAAUCAUAUUAGCAGCCAAUGACUAUCAAAGUACAACAUUGUUCACAGUCAGUGAAAUGGUGCUAAUGUUGUUUUAAACUCACACUUAAAGGUGAUUUCAAGCCAAAUAUUUAUAGUAAACAAUAUAGAAAGCGUUUGUCAUAAGUUGUCACUGAAUGAAUGAGUAAAUAUAAAACCAACUUUGUCAAUAUAUAGUUCUGGCUUUGUUAAAAACGGGAGCAUCCUAUGAAUUUUUGUACUUUCUUGUU